GAGGCUACAGGUAAACUCAACACACAGUCUCUCGCGUUCCAUCGUUACGCCGACACACAAAGGCACCGGCUCACGUGCACUCGAUUUUCGUUAACGAGAAGCCUUCGUUGUAAGGAUUAUAGUGAUUUCAAAGUGGACGAAGAGUAGUUACGCGUGGGAAAAGCGAAAGAAAAGGAGAAAGAGUGAUUUUUUUUGCUAUUGUUGUUGUUCUGAAGGCAAUGCGAUUGUGAGUGGGCUGUGAGGACGAGGCGAAACACCUGUGACCUAAACACAUGACUUGGACACCUGUUGCAUGUCUGUCUGUGUUAGUACCUGUUAGACGAGGCGAUGAACCGUAAUAAUGAGUUGCACCAGCACGAAUAGUGACUUUGGAUAUAUGCAGGGCAAGUGUUUGAGAUGCUCCAUCAUGUAAGCUCUCAGGGAUAAUUAGCAUACAAGAUCCGAAGGUGUGAUCGAGUCAAGAAAACUGAAUUCUUUUGCUACUGUAACAAAACUCCCAGACAACUUGUGAAGACGGUAAAGAGUAUUAACACGAACGAGUGAGAAUUCCAGUGAAGAAUUCCUUACGAACGAAAACGGCGUCUGGUGUGAAUUUCUGACAUAAGAAAAUAAUAAUUGUGCUUUGAAGGAACAGACAAACAUUACGAAACACUUAGAUACGAAAAAUAUAAAGUUGAAUAUGUGAUUCUUUCUAUUUCAUAAUCUCUAGUGCCACACCUGGUUUAGUUUGGCCUAAUACUGUGAGGCACGAGUACAUUCACCUCUCACUGAAAAAAGAUAAAUAGAACGUAUAUCUUACCAAACGAAAGACAAAAACAACAUUAAUAAACGAAAUAGUGAAACACUUAAAAAACAAUAACAAAUAAAUGGAAUUCUAAUUAACCAGAUUCUACUAGACUCGAACUCACUCUUCCCUAUAGAGAAAAAAGUUCCCUCUCAGCCAUGGCGGCCGAAAUUGCCGUCAACUUCGGCACUCUAGCAGCCACGGUGCUUCCUAAACUCGGCGAUGCUAAUGGCUCCCUCUACGAUGACGUGCUGCUCGUCUUUCCCGCUUCGUCCGACUCCGGCGCCGACGGCAGCACGAUCGGAAUUUCGGGAGUCGGACAGAUCUACGAGGGCCAGGUGCGCGUCGGCAUCGGGAGGCCUCCUGUCACCAUGGGCGCCGGCGGGGAUAUAGGCCUGCACGGGAACCUCGGGGCUGGGCAGGUGCCGAGUACCAAACCCUUCGGAGCGGAGGAGGUGAGUAAGAGAUUCAUUGAGUAUAGAGAAUAAGGCGUUCCAGAUGCACUCGCGCAGACACACACGCGCGCAUCUGCUUCUGCAUAGUUUUGUGGAAUUACAAUAUCCAUGGUAUUUAUCUUUAAAUUUUUAUAUAUCUUUGAAGAGUAUAUCCAUCAUGUAAACUACAUGACCUAUGAAAUGAAUAUUAGAACCUAG